GUGCUUGGAACCGCGCGCCGGGACGCGCGCGCGCGUCUCGAUCCCCGCGGCUGUCACACGCUCGCCGCGAAUCUGUCAGGCACGGCGGUCCGCGCAGCGAUGGCCAGUGCGCGUUCCGGCCGCCCGACGACGAGUCAUGCCGCGCGGCACCGCGCGCACCUGAGCCCCAACGUGCUUCGCCCGCGCGUCAAAGAUGAGUCACGGCGUCGUCCACGACGCCCGUCGCUCAGCAGCCGCCGUCAACAACACGGGUGUGUCCGUUGAGUCGGUCGCGCUCCGACGCGGCGCGGUCAAGUGUGCCAGCCGCCGCCUCGUCGUAGGCUGAGGGGUGUAUCGUUACGCGCCUGCCGCGCGCCGGUACGCAAGGCCGGACGGCCGCCGCGAUGACGACGGCGGCUGGCAUCCCGCAGGACAGAAACGCCGCCUGCAACGGCAAGGACGACGUGCCGGCGCAGUCCGCCCGGAGCAGGCCCAGGGUAUACAAGAUCGUCGUGCUGGGCGACGGCGGCGUUGGCAAAUCAGCUGUUACCUUGCAGUUUGUCAGCCACAGGUUCCUGGACUAUCACGAUCCUACGAUAGAGGAUUCGUAUCAGACGCAAGUGGUCAUCGACGGUGAGGCGGCUCUCCUGGACAUCCUGGACACAGCUGGACAGGUGGAGUUCACAGCCAUGCGCGAGCAGUACAUGAGAUGCGGCGAGGGCUUCAUGAUAUGCUACUCGGUAACGGAUAGGCACAGCUUCCAGGAGACAAUGGAGUACAGGAAGCUGAUAUCACGCGUGCGAGCCAACGAGAAUAUCCCUCUGGUGCUGGUCGGCAACAAGUUUGACCUGCAGCAUCAUCGAAAGGUGACCACGGAGGAGGGCAAGGCGCUGGCGGAGGAGCUCGGCUGCCCGUUUUACGAGACGUCCGCCGCCCUCAGGCAAUUCGUAGACGACGCGUUUUUCUCCCUGAUCAGGCAGAUCCGCUCCAAGGAGAGAUCCCGCAAUUCACACCGCAAGCGCAGCCGCUGGUGGCGAAUUCGCUCGAUAUUCGCCUUCAUCUUCCGGCGGCGGAGACACGCUUCUUCCCAUCGUGCCCCAUAAAACUGGUUUUUGAUGAGAUUUCUUUACAUCGUUCUUCAUAGACCGCUGAGCCGAACGUACGGUAGCAAUUGCGGGAGUAAUAUCGUAGCAGACCACAACGAAAUAGAUAUUACCUAUAAUUUUUUUUAAUUAUUAUAGUUUACGCGACGCAUAGUUACCCUUGUUUCGAGACUGACGAACUUCAUCAACAAUUUCACUGCCUUACCAUUGACCCCAGUGCGUAUUUUCAAUAUAGAGCAAAGUGAAAUUGUGUCAAACGGACUGGAACGCGCACACUUUGUCUUCAUCUUAGAUCUGAGAUCUCGGAAUUCAUCAUUCGCGCUGCUCAAUUAAAUAAACAUAGAGCACGAUGCAUAAUAGAUUUACACCUCCUGUGAGGGAUAUAGCGUAUAUGUGACUUCCAGCUUUCUAGAACGGCGAUUUCUUCCGUGAUAUUUAUUUAUCUCGAAGGCUGUUAGUGUUUAUUCGAGUCAGGUUUCGCGAAACAUCAGUGGCGAUAAGUGGACACAAACGGAUCCUAAGGCAACUAACUUGGAAUAAGUAAAUAUUUCACGAGUCUCCGAUGGUUACGGAUGACUUUUAAAUUUUAGUUUAUUACUAAACAACAUUUGUGACCAAAGAAAAGUAUAUGAAACGUUAAUGCCAAGAAAUGAUUCUUGGCGAUGCAGGAUAUUAUGCAAAAGCUUUACCACAUAACUGCAAUUUUAAAACGGAUAAAAGAUUGAAUUCUAUUUAUUUCAAUUCAAUUUUAUGUAAAUAUAUAUGAAAGACUACGCUGCUAUAAAUUAUGGAUGAAAGCUAUAUUAAAAGUUGCAGUAAGUUGCAAAGUUUAGAAUUGUUAUGCAUUUAGUAUUAAUUACCGUUAACGUGACGCGCAUGAUCUCUAAAAUAUCUCGAAAAGACAUUUCUCUAAAACAUACAAAUAUGUCUGCAGACAUGAAUAAUUGAACUGGCAAUAAAAGUAAAUAUUAUAUUAUUUCUGUACAAGCACAAAGGCUCAGAAAAAAAUAUCACGUAAGCUUUAAUCGGAACUCGUGCAUGUAUGUGGCAUAAAUGUUAUACUUCAAUUCAAAGAGCGUUUGAGUACAGUUUAAUAUUUACUUGAUUAGUAAUAAAUGUCCUAUGCAGCUUGUCGAAUAUGUACAUAUACUAUGUAAUAUGUAUUUUAUGUAUAAUUUUUUUUAAAUUAUUCUCAUCAGUCAUCGAUUCAUUUUUAGUCUGAUUUUUAGUCGUAAAUUAGUGUGAUGAGACUUGUAACACUUGCGGUAAGGAAAAGUCACUUUAACAUAUAAGACAUGCAUACAAAUAACAAUCAUUUAGACGUAAAUCCGCGUAGUAAUUAUUAUCUAGUCGUUACUUAAUUUUUCCUAGUCACAUUUUGUAUUUUGUUGUAAUAAUGUAUUAUUUUAGCCAUAGAUAACCGUUGAUUAAUGCACAGUUUUAAUAAUUUUAAUGUUUUGUUACGUAUUACAAUAUUGUAAAUGUAUAUAUACAUAUAUGUGU